AUGUCUGCUAUAUCCGAUGUCUCUUCCACGAGGCUCUACCUGGGCAAUCUACCUCGAAACAUCACCAAAGCGGACAUCGAGGAGCACUUCUCCAACCAUGGCACUGGUAACAUCAAGGAAGUCAAGCUUAUGAAUGGCUUCGGCUUCAUUGAGUACGAGGAUGCGAUGGACGCGAAGGAUGUUGUUCCAGAUGGUUCCGAAUUCAAAGGCGAACGCUUGACCGUCCAAUUCGCCCGAGGUCCCCGCAGAAAGGACGACUUUGGAGGCCCUCCAGAGCGCAAUGUCCCACGUCCUCGACGGACUAUAUAUCGCAUGAAUCUCACAGGGCUGGCUCCCGAGACCAGUUGGCAGGAUUUGAAAGACUUCGCCCGCAACUCUGGUCAGCUCGAUGUUGUCUAUUCCGAGACUGGCCGCGAUCGCGAGGGUAAAGGCUACUAUGGCUUCGUCGAAUUCGAGACUUCUGCCGACCUUAAGAGUGCCGUUGAGAAGUUAGACGGCCGUGAAUUCAAGGGAGCCACGGUCCACUGCACUCCUGAUAUUCAAGAUGAACGCCCCGAUGCUCGCAGCUAUCGUCAACGUUCUCCGCCACGUGGCCGUAACGAUGACUACUACGAUCGUCGUGGCCCUCCGCCCCCACCUCGUGGCUGGAGUCCUCGCGGAUACCGUGAGCGAUCUCCUGGCCGCCGACCACCCCCACCUGUGGAUGAUUAUUAUGGACGAGAUGGCUAUGGACGUCGGACUCCACCCCGUGGCGACUAUGGCCCACCUCCCAGACGCUAUGAUGACCCUUACGAUGCCCGUGGUCCUCCCCCACCACCAGGCCGUGGCUACUCCGAUCCCUAUGCCCGUGGAGGCGAUCCAUAUGCGCGCCCACGUAGCCCUCCCCGUGGCUACGGCUAUGGCGGAGGCUAUGGAGGCUACGAGGAUCGACGCUACUAG